AUGCAUUGGUUAUCUUCGCUGCCAUCGAGGUGGCAGAUGUUCGUAGCGAAUCGCGUGUCCGAGAUUCAGCACAUUACGAAGGGUUUCGAUUGGAAUCAUGUCGCUGGCUUGGAGAACCCAGCUGACAUCGUGCCACGAGGGAUGAUACCAGCUCAGCUUCAGUACAGCACGAUUUGGUUUGAAGGUCCACCAUGGCUGCGUCGAGACAGCAGCACCUGGCGGGUGGGAAGUCCUGAGGAAGAUUUCGAGCAAUCAUUGCUAGAAGAACGAAGUGCAGUCGCAAUUCCAGCACAGUCCAAGCCACACAGCGACAUCUUUUCACUUCAUUCCUCUCUAUCUACGCUGAUCCGUAAAGUUGCAUGGAUUCGUCGCUUCAUCCACAACUGUCACCAUCGCGAAGAAAGACGCAAUGGGUAUCUCAGUCUCGCAAUUCCAGCACAGUCCAAGCCACACAGCGACAUCUUUUCACUUCAUUCCUCUCUAUCUACGCUGAUCCGUAAAGUUGCAUGGAUUCGUCGCUUCAUCCACAACUGUCACCAUCGCGAAGAAAGACGCAAUGGGUAUCUCAGUCACGCUGACCUCCAAGAAGCUAUGCUAUCACUAAUCCGUUUGUCUCAGAGGGAAUCGUUUCCGGAGGAGAUUUCUGCACUCCAGAGCGGAAAUCAAGUCAAGCCGUCGUCAUCGAUCAACAGACUCACACCAAUUCUCGUUGAUGGGGUACUGUACGUAGGUGGUCGGCUAUCUAAGGCACCUAUUCCAGCGAGUCGCAAGCAUCCAGCGAUUCUCAGCUAUCAUCAUCCCCUGAGCAAACUAGUAGUCAUACACUACCACCAGAAAUUGUUCCACGCUGGGCAACAGCUUCUCAUAAGUAGAGUACGGGAGAAGUACUGGCCCACGCAGAUCAGAAGAUUAGCCAACACCGUAAUCAACGAAUGCGUGCCGUGCUUCCCAUGCAGACCGAAAGUGUUGGAUCAGCUGAUGGCAGAUUUUCCGUCGGAACGAGUUACACCCGCGCCACCGUUCCUGAAAGUUGGUGUCGAUUACUGUGGACCUUUUCUGGUUGCCUAUCGAACAACUCCGCGUAAAUAUUUCGUAGCAAUCUUCGUCUGCUUGGUCACGAAGGCUGUUCAUCUGGAGCUGGUGGGAGAUUUAACAAGCGAAGCCUUCCUCGCAGCAUUCAAGCGUUUCGCCGCACGAAGAGGCAAACCAACUCUGUUCCAGCAGUCGAUCGUAAAUGAAGCUGAAGAAGACGAGAUAGAAUUUCGAUUCAUCCCAGCACGUUCGCCCAAUUUCGGUGGCCUUUGGGAAGCUGCCGUAAAAUCCUUCAAAAGCCACUUCAAACGCACCAUCGGAUCCAGAACGUUAUUGCACGAUGAAAUGCAAACGGUGAUAGUUCAAGUGGAAGCGAUCCUCAACUCCCGUCCGUUGACGCCGAUCAGCAAUGACCCAACGGAUUUCGAAGCAUUGACGCCUGGUCAUUUUCUGUUUCAGCGACCGCUAACAGCUGUUCCAGAACCGGACCUCAGUCAUAUUCCGGAGAAUCGUCUUUCACUGUGGCAAAAAUCACAAGACUUCGUGCAGCAGAUAUGGAAUAAAUGGUCCUCGCAAUACCUGUCCGAUCUCCAUAACCGAACCAAGUGGACUCGUCGACGCAAUAACAUCUCCGUAGAUACAAUGGUUCUCGUGAAAGAGGACAAUCUUCCACCGAUGAAAUGGAAGUUGGGACGAGUAGUAGAGGUUCACGCGGGUUCCGAUGGGAAUAUCCGUGUAGUGACCGUGAGAACGAAGGACGGUCUUUUCCGGAGAGCUAUCACAAAGAUUUGCGUCCUUCCCAUUCGGGACAACCAAGCUGUGCCCACUUCUGAGGAGAAUUGA